AUGCCGCGGCACCUGUUUUCCUCUGCGAUGCUGUUCCUCCUUCUUUGCGUGCUGUCGGCGUGCAUAAGCAGCCAAGCUGCUGAGGUUGCCUCGCUGAGUGAGCCAGCCGGUUCUUUUUUUUGCUGGAAGGAAGUCUCGGCUGAGGAGGGAACGAUUGACUCGCUGCGCGCUCCCGUCCUUCUACAAGUGAGUGGGGAACCGUUUCUCAUCGCUGAGGCGCACUGCACGAAAGACAAUACCGACACCGUUAGGGCCAUCGUGUCGCAACUCAUCACGGCAAGUGAUGGCGCUGCGGGGGAAGCGUUGAAGGGUGCAAGCGUGGGGAAGCCGCAGGUUUUGGACAAAUGCGCUGCAGCGGAGAAGAAAAUAGAUGUGAGCCGACCAACUGCGGUUGCGAAGGGCAAUGAUAUUUACAUGCUGCUGGGAAACCACGGCGGUGCACUGCCUGAGGCUGGCGCGAAUAACACGGGGCUUUUGCUGGUGAAGGGAAGCGUCAGCGGUGAGAAAAAAAUUGAGUGGAGUGCAAACUUUUUACUGAGCCGCACUGCUGCAAUUGAGGAACACAAGUCCGUGUCGCGGCUGAUUGGCGGCGGUGGGGGCGGUGUUUUAACGGCGGACGGCACGCUUGUCUUCCCGGUGCAGGCCACAAAGAGAAAGACGGGGGGGACCACUGAAAAGACCGUCUCGCUGGUCUUGUACUCCAGCGACCCUGAGACGGGGACUUGGCGGCUGUCGAAGGGGAUGUCGGCGGAGGGCUGCGGUAGUCCCUCCGUCGUGGCGUGGGAGGGCAACAAACUUUUGAUGAUGGCCGCGUGCGAGGACGGCCGCCGCCGAGUGUACGAGUCGGAUGAUAAAGGGGAGACGUGGACGGAGGCGCUCGGGACGCUCUCGCGCGUGUGGGGCGGCGCACCUGCUGGCGCCGGGCCCGACGUUCGAAGUGGGUUCAUCACUGCGACGAUAGGGGGCAGUGGUGAGGGCAGGAGGGUGCUGCUCGUCACCCUGCCGGUGUAUUCGGGGGACGGCGGAAAUGGCCGACUCCACCUUUGGCUCACCGAUACCGCCCACGUUGUCGAUGCUGGACCGAUAGCCACCGCGGGCGACGAAGAUGAUUCUGCCGCCGCCGUCGCUGCCAGUGCGCUGCUGCUGAAAGGUGGCACGGAGUUGAUUGCAGUGUACGAGAAGCGGAAGAGUGAGGAAGCGCAAGCAGCCAGGCUUUUUGCGGCGCAACUCACUGCGCAGCUGGAGCGAGUAAAGGAGGUGGUGGAAACUUGGAAGGCGGUGGACGCACGUGUCGGGCGGCUGUGCCCUUCCUCAGCGGCUGCUGCGAGUGGCGGGGCGUGCGGCCUUUUUGUGCCCACGGCCGGGCUGGUUGGGUAUUUGGCUGGCACCGUCACUGGGACUGCGUGGGUGGACGAGUACCUCGGCGUGAACGCGACUGUGACGGGCACUGUGGAGGUUACUGCCAGCGGCGUGACGUUCAAAGGCCGUGGCUCAUGGGCCGAGUGGCCCGUGGCCAAAGGGGGGCAGGUGCAGCCGUACCAUUUCGCAAACUACAACUUCACCCUUGCGGCGACGGUGACGAUCCACGCGGCGCCGAAGGGAGGCAGCAUUCCUUUCUUGGGAUUGAGUAUGAGUGCCAAAGGCGGUGCCACGGCGCGCUGGGGCCUGUCCUACAACCAUGACGAUGAGCCGGGUGAGUUGUGCGGGGACGCAGCGGGCGGCCCAGACACCGGCACGUGCGAGACAAACAAAAAAUACAACGUGGCCAUUGUGCGCCAGGGCGGCAGCCAGGGAUUUAUGUACAUUGACGGCGUGCCUGUUGGAGGCUCGCAGCCGGAGCAGCGGUGCGGAACGCAGCCGUGCACGAUCUCGCACUUCUACAUUGGCGGGGACGGCGGCGGCGCGGCAGAUGCAGCGGGCCAAGACAGCCGUGUGACGGUGACGAACGUCCUGCUGUACAACCGCCCGCUGGAUGCAGAUGAGAUCGGCGCCCUUCACAAUAAAACCGUCCCCGCCGCAAUGCAGAAAGAACCGACACUACAGCCGGAGGUUCCUGCUCCAAGCGAAGAAGAGCCCAGUAAAUGUGCGGGGGCCACUUUGCCUGCGACGCAACUUGAGUCGGAAGCUGCACACUUGAGUUUUCCUGGCAACACGGCGCCAACGGGACACGGGUCCUCGCUGGGGCAGACUCCGGACAUGAGCAAGGAGGGCGGCAAGGGCGCUCCGCCAAGGCCCGCAGCGGCUGCUUCAUCGACAGUCAGCGCCAACGUCUCCAAGGAGAAGUCAGAUCCUCCUGCCGUUGAAGGAGCCAGGCAACCUCAGCCGAGGGAAUUGGCUGCCUCUGCCGAAGAGGAGACAGUGGCGCACACGGGCAGCGUGAGUUCUGCUGAGAACGAGGCGACGACAUCGAAGGAGGCGGCUCCCGUCUCUCAAGGCCAAGGCGGUGUGUCGUCGUCGGACGCAGCCGCUCCCGCUGGGGCGGCACAGGAGGGGAGCCGCGCAGGAGCAACGGAUGCAGGUGGCGCUGCUGUUCACGGCGGUGCGGCAAGGACGGCGGUGAGGCCGCACCGUCAAGCCUGUAGGCGCCGUGGCAGCAAAGGAUGCGGCAUCCGUCCCCGC